GACACGUUCACACUGAACGCAGCCAGUUGCUGACUGACUUCCUAUCAAGCUCACUCAGGGAGCCUUUCGAAAAGAUCCAUCGCUGAGGACUGGUCUGUGUUCCUCAUUGUUGUUGCUGUGAAACUGCUCAGCCAGCUGAUCUACUUCACUCCUGGGCAUUUCCCAGACACCAUCUGAAAUUCUACCAACAAGGUUCUGUUUGCUGACGGGGAUCCUGUUGCCAUGAGCAACACCAACGAGACUGGGCUGCAGGGGCCCUGCAACAUCACCUACAGCCGUUCCACUAUCCCUCUCACCACCGUCUACGGCCUGGUAAUGGUCUUUGGCUUCCCAGCCAACCUGCUGACCCUGAUCCUAAGCACGCUGAAGAUCCGACGGAAGAACGUUCUCUCUGUGUACCUCUUCACCCUCUCGCUCUCGGACCUGGCUUACCUGUGCACCAUCCCGAAUUGGAUCACCUACGUCCAGAGCGCGAACAAGUGGAACCAGAGCCCGUUAUCCUGCAAGAUCACUGGCUACAUAUUCUUCAACAACCUCUACAUCAGCAUCCUCCUACUCUGCUGCAUUUCCGUGGACCGCUGCCUCGUGGUUCUCUACCCCAUCGAGGCCCAGUGGCGCCGGCGCCGGCAGACGGCCGUGGUUGUCUGUCUCGCCGUUUGGAUGAUGGUUAUGGUCAUCCACACCCCGGUCUUCAUUCUGUCCGGUGUGCAGAGUACCGAGAAGAAGAAUGACUCCUGCUUCGAGACAUUUCCGAUGCCACCCUUGGUGGCGAAGUUUAAUUAUGCCCGCUUUUGCGUGGGGUUCUGUGUCCCCCUCUGUAUCUUGGCCUGCAGCAACUUCCUCAUCUUCCGCCGCAUCCAGUCCAGCCCCUGCCUCAACCCGUCUCAGAAAGCCAAGGUGAAGUACCUCGCCGUGGCCGUGAUCCUGAUCUUCCUCAUCUGCUUCACCCCCUACCACGUUAUCCUCCUGAGUCGGGCCGUGGCAUACUCCAUCCUCGACAACAGCUGCGAAUUUGAGCAGAAAAUAUACACGGCAUCCACGGCGUUCCUCUGCCUCUGCACGGUCAACAGCGCCAUCAACCCCUUCCUCUAUAUGUUCUCCUCUGAGAGUGUGAGGCAGGAGCUGAAACGGGACCUCCGCAUCCUCCUCUGCCUUCCCGUCCCGCAGGAAAGUGCAACUGACAGCUACACCUUCAGGAAUGGCCCAGGCUCCCGGGUGUCCUCCUGUCGGAGGGAGGAGAUGACCAGCUUGCAAUGAACAGCCCAGGGGUCCUCAGGCACGUGGAACAUUGGUGGACUCCACCUGCGUCUCAGCUGGACCGGCUUUUUGUGCUCGAGGCGGGCGGACCGGAGAAUGCCAGAUGCCAGGGAAGAUUUCCGCAGAGAUUUCAAUCGCCAGGCGUCCCAAGGUCCGGCAGAGACAUGGUACAUGCCAAGAUCUGGCCUGAGAAUGGAAGGGCAGCAGGCACGGGCACACCUCCAGGAGACAGUUAUCCUUGCUGGAAACUGGGUUCCCA